AUGGUUGAUCCCAUAUUUGACUAUCAAUUUAGGCUUAUUUUAAUCGGUGACAGCACAGUGGGUAAGAGCUCGCUGCUUAAAUAUUUCACAGAUGGAAAAUUUGCAGAGCUUUCCGAUCCCACAGUCGGGGUUGACUUCUUCGCUAGAAUAAUCGAAGUGCAGGACGGUACGCGAAUUAAGCUUCAGCUAUGGGAUACUGCAGGUCAAGAGAGAUUUAGAUCUAUAACAAAAUCUUAUUAUAGGAAUUCAGUGGGUGCUCUCCUAGUUUAUGAUGUGUGUAAUAGAUCAAGCUUUGAACACAUUCCUCUAUGGAUGAUGGAAGCUAAACGUCAUAUUGAGCCUCAUAGACCAGUGUUUGCCCUAGUUGGGUGUAAAGUUGAUUUGGUUGGUACAGAUGUUAAAAAUGGUGCAAGAAGAGAAGUCUCCUGUGAAGAAGCUAGGAUGUUUGCAGAGGAGAAUGGACUACAUCAUGUAGAGACAUCUGCUAAAACAGGCCUAAAUGUCGAACAAGCUUUCAUCUUAGUCGCUCAAGAGGUUUACAAUCGUAUUCAAACUGGUGAAUACAAAGUAGAGGAUGGUUGGGAUGGAAUCAAGUCUGGUUUCAAUCGACCGAAUGGCAUGGACUUUAAUUUACUUGAAGCAGAAACAGUUCAAUCUACAUGCUGCUAA